GAAUACUCCGAUCAUUAUCUUGUACAGGACAAAUCCAAAUUUUAUCCUUUAUUUUCUUUUUUUUAUCUAUCUUCAUUCUUAUCGUUUACUUGUUUCUUUCUCUUUUUUCUUUUUUUUUUUUUUAUAAAUAAUAAGAAGUAUAUCAGAAAUUUAAGUACAAAGAAGAAAUGGCAGUUGUCAAAGCAACGACUUGUAAAGAAGCGAUACGACGUUGGGAGGAAGAAAACAAACAGGAUCCUGCGACUGCAAAAGAAGUUAUUUUAAGUUUUCAAUGGCUUCCUAUUGAAAAGAUGGAUAACUCUUUGGCGUGUUUAACUGGAUGUGAAAGACUAUCUUUGUCGACGAAUAUGAUCGAAAAGAUAACAGGAAUUGGAACAUUGAAAAACUUAAAGAUCUUGUCGUUGAGUCGUAACGUGGUGAAAAGCUUUUCAGGUCUUGAAUCACUUGGUGAUACUUUAGAGGAACUUUGGAUUUCCUACAAUUAUAUCGAAAAAAUGAAAGGUAUUAGCGCAAUGAAAAAUCUUCGAGCAUUAUAUAUGUCUAAUAAUUUGGUGAGAGAUUGGAUCGAAUUUGGUAGAUUGCAAGAACUUACAAAUAUCCGAGAUUUAUCCUUUGUUGGAAAUCCAUUGUACGAUAGCCUUGAGGUGGAUCAAUGGAGAUUGGAAGUUGUUCGACGUCUGCCUCAUCUGGAAAAAUUAGAUGGUGAACCAAUUAUACGAACCGAGGAUAAUACGUGCAUUAAUCAAGCAAUAUUAAUUAAGAACGAUAGUUCGCCCCCAAAUUCCAAAAUUCCUGAAGAAAUGCCAUAA